CGCUGGGUGGGUCCGGUGAUAUUAGAUCAUUAUGUACAUACAAUAAUAGUCAGUGUCUGUGUAAGAGCAGUUUCUUCCCCCCCAAAACAAUAAUAACUAAAAAAAGAAACCAAAACAGUUUGGGGUUCCUGCAAAGGAGAACGUAAGCAGAGAUUUUGCAAGAGCCUGUAUCGGAAGGCGAAGUCCUUCAGCGUUAUCAGGUUAAAAACAACCACUUCAGUUCCCCGUGCUCUGAUUUGUGUUUAUUUUUUCCACUGCUGACCCUCUGCACGUGCUGUUUGCUGCUGGGCAAUGCUGGUGGUGCCUGCACGUCUCUGGCUCAGGGCUCUCGAGCAGCAGCGAUGCUGUGGCAGGAGGGAUAUCUGAGCUGCUGUAAUGCAGAACCACAUCCUGACCCUGAUGGCCAUGGCAGCUCGCAUCUACAAGCACCCCAGCCUGAAAAACUCCAUCAACUUGGUGGUGGUGAAGGUGCUGGUGGUGGACGAGGCGGCAGCGGGGCCGGAGGUGUCCGACAACGGCGGGCUCACCCUGCGCAACUUCUGUAGCUGGCAGCAAAGGUUCAACCCCCCAAGCGACCGGCACCCGGAGCACUACGACACCGCCAUCCUGCUGACAAGACAGGACUUCUGCGGGCACCAAAGCUGCGACACGCUGGGAGUGGCCGAUAUUGGCACCAUGUGCGACCGCAACAAAAGCUGCUCGGUGAUCGAGGACGAGGGCCUGCAGGCAGCCUACACCCUGGCUCACGAACUGGGCCACGUGCUCAGCAUGCCCCACGACGAUUCCAAGACCUGCGAGCGGCUCUUCGGGCCCCUUGGCAAGCAUCAUAUGAUGGCCCCUCUCUUCAUCCACUUGAACAAGACCCAGCCCUGGUCUCCUUGCAGCGCCAUGUACCUCACUGAAUUUCUGGAUGGAGGGCACGGCGACUGCUUGCUCGAUGCCCCAGCCAACCCCCUCUCCCUUCCCACCGAGCUGCCUGGCCAAGGAGCCCUGUACAGCCUGGACCAGCAAUGCCAGCAGAUCUUUGGCAAGGACUUCCAGCACUGCCCCAACACCACGGAGGAGGAUGUCUGCGCCCAGCUCUGGUGCAGGACCGGCAGCGGGGAGCCCCUUUGCCACACCAAGAAUGGCAGCUUGCCAUGGGCCGACGGCACCCCCUGCAAAACCGACGGGCUGUGCUGGGACGGCCGCUGCAUCCCGCAGGAUGCCCUGAAACCCCAGCCGGUGGUGGAUGGUGGCUGGGGCCCGUGGAGCCCCUGGGGCUCCUGCUCCCGGACCUGCGGCGGCGGCGUGCAGUUCUCCUUCCGCCACUGUGACAGCCCCAAGCCCCAGCACGGCGGCAGGUACUGCGAGGGCCAGCGCGCCAAAUACCAGUCCUGCCACACCGACGAGUGCCCGCCCGAUGGGAAAAGCUUUCGGGAGCAGCAGUGCGAGAAGUACAACAGCUACAACUUUACGGAUCUGGAAGGGAAUCUCCUGGAGUGGGUUCCCAAGUACGCAGGAGUGUCACCCCGAGACCGAUGCAAGCUCUUCUGCCGAGCCAGAGGGAGGAGCGAAUUUAAAGUCUUCGAGGCCAAAGUGAUCGACGGGACGCUGUGCGGACCGGAGACCCUCUCCAUCUGCGUCCACGGGCAGUGCAUCAAGGCUGGCUGCGAUCACGUAGUCGGGUCCUCCAAGAAGUUGGACAAGUGUGGGGUGUGCGGCGGCAACGGCUCGACUUGCAGGAAAAUAUCCGGUUCGCUCAACCGAUCCAAAUACGGCUACAACGACAUUGUCACCAUCCCCGCUGGAGCAACCAACAUCGACAUCAAACAGCGCAGCCACCGAGGGGUCCGUCACGAUGGGAAUUACUUGGCCCUGAGGACCCUCGAGGGCAAAUACCUGCUGAAUGGAGACUUUGCCAUCUCAGCCAUGGAGCAGGACAUCCUCAUUAAGGGAACCAUCCUGAAAUACAGCGGCUCCAUGACGACCCUGGAGAGGCUGCAGAGCUUCCGACAGCUCCCGGAGCCUCUGACUGUCCAGCUGCUGACCAUCGCCAGCGAGAUCUUCCCACCAAAAGUCAAGUACACCUUCUUCAUCCCUAAGGACGUCCCUUUCAGCAAGCAGAAGGGCAAAGAGAAGAAGUCGGCCAACAUCAUCCGACCAAUGCUGACCUCCCAGUGGGUCCUGGGCGACUGGUCUGAGUGCUCCAAGACAUGCGGCUCCGGCUGGCAGAGGCGGACAGUGGAUUGUCGGGACGUUGAGGGUCAAACCUCCUCAACCUGCGACAGAGCCCUCAAGCCCGAGGACAUCAAACCCUGCGGAGACGUCCCCUGCCCGCUCUGGCGCCUGGGUCCCUGGUCCCCCUGCUCCCAAACUUGUGGUGAGGGCGUGCGGACGCGCAACGCCUCUUGCAUCGAUUACGCUGGUAAAAUCACCGCCCCGGAGAAAUGCAGCUUGCCAGGGCCACCGCCGGCCACCGCCGCCUGUGUGCUGCGGCAGUGCUGAGACGGGGCAGGACGGCGAGGACGCCGCGGGCUGGCUCGCUAAACGAGAAACCACUCUCCAGCGGUUCAUCCCCGCCCCAUCGACGUCUACCUCAGAGGGGGGAAUAACAGCGGCAAAACGGGGAGGAAUCACUUCUUUUCCUUUCUUUCUUUCUUCCUUUCUGGCUGGCCGCUUGCAGGCAAGUUGUAAUUUAAGGGGAAAAAUAAGCGUAUCUGUAAGGUGUUCCCAAAGAGCUGUCGUUAAACAUGAGUGCAGACUGUUUGUAUGAUUCACUGGGGUUUGUUGCUGGGAAAAAAAAAAAAUGCAGAGCCUGGUUUUUGCCAUUUCCCUGUCCCAGCUGUAGGUCAGGGAGGUCCAGGGUGGGCGGCUUUGCUGAUAAAAUCAGGAUCCCUUUGCAAAAGGCUUGGAUCGGGUUGCUGUCCCCUCCCUACAGCAGCCUGGGUGUCCUUGAGCGUGAGGAGUGUUUUAUCAGCUGUGGGCUUAGCUUGGGAGAUAACUGGCUCAUUUGGCUGGAAGGGGGAACAAGCCGAGGGCUGGAUCCUGGCACAUGUUAGGUGGGAGGACAGGCGAGAUGGUCGCAGCUGCUUCUGCUGGGUCUAUAGUUUGCAAGGUGACAAACCUCUGUCCCCAAACACCCCCAGCAUCUGCAGGGUCAUUCCUAGAGCUGCAACGCCAUGCCUCGAUUUCCCCAGCUAUAAAACCAAGGCUUAAUUACACCUGAUCUGGCUUGCAGGGCCACCAUGAGGAUUAAUUAAUUACUAAUUCUGCAGUGCUUGGACUGGGAAAUGCCUCUUGCGGUACCCCGUCCCCCCUCUGGGGCCGGCACUUGGGUGUGCCAGCCUUUCCUCUCCCAUCCUUGGCUUCCAGGCCCCUGAGUGCUCAUUUUCUCAGCUCUGCUUUAUUUUUGGAGAUCAUUUGCUAACCUGGCUUGCACCAGGGGUGAGCCCAGGAUCUGCAGAUGCUGAGCUUCUUUCCCAGCCCACCACAGUGACUGGUGCUGCUCUUCACCUCUGCUUUCCUGGGAUACAUGAAGAAUCUCAGAUCUGGUGCCAGGCUCCAGCCUUGCUUGAGUAAUUCUUGGUCUAAAACCGAGCCUGGCAAGGCUGGAGCUCUUCCUUCCCGGUGGGGAAGAGCUAGGCCCCCUCUCCCCAGCCCAGCCGCUGUCUGGCCCCAGCACAGAUGGCUGCUCAGCCCCUGAACUUUCCCCCUUUUGAAGCGAUCGCUGUCCGUGUGCUGGCAGCAGCCAGUCCCUGGGGAGUGGGGAGGGAAUUUGGGAAGGUUUUGCCAUCACUGGAUGAGCAAUUUGGUAUCUCCAGGCUCCCCUCGCUGCUUCCCUGCAGAUGCCCCUACCCUGCCUCAGCUCCUCCUUUGGCAGCAAAAUGUUGGAUUUCCAGUGGGAACAACCUUUUAGUCGAGGAAGGGGAGAAGGGCUGGAGAAGGACUUGAAUUUGCAAUGUCUGAGCUUCCCCAUUUGCAGUUAUGGAGCAAAUCUUUUUUCUUGUUGCUUUUGCCUGACUUAAGAUCGUGUGAGACCCUUUUCUCACUGGCCAGGCAGGUUUGAGAUGGGACUGUGGGGUGAGCUGCUCCCCUGAAGCCAUGCCAGAAACCUUAUCAUUAACUUGAAAACCCGAGAUAUUCAGCUUUUAUCUCCCAUAGAUGAUUCCUGUUGAAACCAAUGGGCUACAGCCAAGGACUGAGGGUACUGAGGGCUUGACUCUUUUUUU